AGCUCCUUGCUGGUGACAUUAUUAUAACAAUCUGUAGUCGGCUUUGCGCUUCGCUUUGCGUGUCUGUAAAAACCCCCAUCGUUAAACACCACACUUAGAGGAGCGACAUGAAAAACUACCGAUCGGCGGAAUAUAUCGGCUUCGAACAGUAAGGACGGGAGAAGCUGCAGGUUUUUGGGACUCAGGACUCGGAGGAAUGAAGUGAAACAUCCGGGCGGCGCUGCGCUGCUCUAACAGCGGGGACUGGGAGCGUCAUGUCCGCGAUCCGCUGAGUGUGUGUGUGUGUGUGUGUGUUAGUGUGUAUGUGAGUGUUUGUGUGUGAGUGUGUGUGAGUGAUUGAGAGAGAGCGAGUGUGUGUGAGUGAUUGAGAGAGAGCGAGUGUGUGUGUGUGUGUGUGUGAGAGAGAGAGAGAGUGUGUGUAUGCAUGUGCAUGUGUGGAGCACAUUGAUAGUGUGUUUGUGUGUGUGUGGAGCACACUGAUUUCGUGUGUGUGUGUGUGUGUGCGUGUGCGCGUGUAUCCCAGCCAUCCCCGGCUCGGUUCCCCCCGUGUUGUCGCUGCCAUUCGGGAUCUAUGGAGUGCACGUGAGCACCGGUGUGACCCAGGACACGUCACUGGGGGCAAAAAUGUGGGCAUUUGGGAAAUGGAAACCGAGACACCCCUAAGGCUACGGUAACAGCGUUUCUUACUGCCCCAGAUCGUCUGAGAGGAUCAGACCCCACUCCGGCACGCUUGGGCCGUUGGCAAUAAGAUGUCCCUAAGUAGUGGCACUGCAGGCGGGAAAGGUGUGGACUCGAAUGCGGUGGACACUUACGACAGCGGAGAUGAAUGGGACAUUGGAGUUGGCAAUCUGAUCAUCGACCUUGACGCCGAUCUAGAGAAGGACAAGCUCGAGAUGUCUGCCACUAAGGACGGGGGCGGAAUGGCUGCACCCCCCAGCGCAGUAGCAGCUUUGCCAGACAAUAUCAAAUUCGUAAGUCCUGUGUCUGCUCAGGGCAAGGAUGGUAAGUCUAAGUCUAAGCGUAAUAAAAACUCAAAGGAUUCUAACAAGUCCUCAACCCAAGACGGGGCUAAGAAAGAGUCACAGGCACGGACCCAGAGCGAGGGUACAGGCCCUGCUACGGGCACAGCUACAGGAGCCAUAGUCAGCACCGGCAAAGGUGCAGAUAAAAGUAACAAGACUUCCCGCAACGUUUCCAGUGGGAAGAAGGACAAAGACGGAGGAACCGGGAAAAAUAAAAAGGACAAAUCCGAAGGAGUAGCGACUGGAAAUGUGACUACAGAAAAGGACACAGCAGCUCCGGUUUUAACUCUGGGAUCGUCGCGCAAUAACCCGUACGAAGUAAGGCAAAACUCAGACCUAACCUGUGCUGAACAAAUUGGGAAUAUUGCCAUCGAUGCUGCUGGAAUAGUUCCUCCUUUGACUAUUAAAAGUGAGCCCGAAGAGAUGGAGAACACCGACUGUAGGAAUUUGAAGAAAGUAAAAAGUGAAAAGAUGGAUUCCCCGGUGUCGACGCCGGCCCCACCACCUCUUCAUCUCCUCGCUCCAGUUGGCAGCACCGAUAUCUCCUCUCCAUGUGAACAGAUCAUGGUCCGCACGCGCUCAGUCGCCGUCAAUACGACCGACGUAGCUCUUGCCACAGAGCCAGAGUGUCUGGGCCCCUGUGAGCCUGGCACCAGCGUCAAUCUGGAAGGCAUCGUAUGGCAAGAAACAGAAGAUGGUAUGCUGGUUGUGAAUGUCACCUGGAGGAAUAAAACCUAUGUGGGAACUCUUCUGGACUGCACCAGGCAUGACUGGGCUCCUCCACGAUUUUGUGAAUCACCCACCAGCGAUAUGGAGAUAAAAAAUGGCCGAGGCAGAGGGAAAAGAAUGAGACCCAACAGCAACACUCCGGUUAACGAGAAUAGCAACUCGUCUGACAACAAGGGGAGCAAUAGCAGCAAGACACGGGCGGCAUCCAACAACAAAGGAAGGCGGGGCAGUCAAAACUCGUCAGAGCGCCGUACACCACCCAAUAGUAAUACGGAGGACAUCAAGGCCAGCCCAUCAUCUAUAAACAAACGCAAGAGCAAGCCGGCUUCGGACAUGGAGCCAAAUUCUAGCUCAGAGGACACAAAAGGUAACAAGCGUAUGCGCACCAGCUCAAACAGUGGAAUGCCUCAUUCUGUCCUUCCCAUUCCCAUUAUCAAAGCAGAGCCACUGCCUCCUUCACUAGAUCGCAGUUGCCCCUCUCCAGUGUUUAUUGACUGCCCUCAUCCCAACUGCAACAAGAAAUACAAGCACAUAAAUGGCCUGAAGUACCACCAGGCUCGUGCCCACAAUGAUGAUGAUAUCAAACUGGAAAUGGAUGGGGACAGUGAAUACGGGGAGGAUUCUACAUUGCAUCCGGAACCAGGCAGCUGCAAUGGAGCCUCGAUUUCGCAGAAAGGCUGCGUCUCUCCGGCUCGAUCGGUUACCCCUAAAGGCAGGGGUUUUGAUGCUCAGAGCCCAUCGCCUUCAUCGGGCAAGUAUGCCUCCAAACAGUCCAGCAAAAAGAAGGCUGAGGCUGACCACGAUUCUGGAGUGCAUUUAGAUGGCUGUGAAGAUGGCCCGUGCCUGACAGAUGAGGCUAGCAACGAUGGCAUUGAUGACAAGAAAAGUUUAGACAAGGCUAAGAAAUCUGGUUCCAAAGCAGAUAAGCUGUCUCAGAAGUCUGUCAAGUCUGCAAGACCAAUUGUACCAUCCAUGCCACCACAACAGCUCUAUGGCUUGCAAGCAUCAAGCUUCCCCGCGCCCAACUCUAGUUCGUCUAUGAGCAUGAGCACGGUGGUACAGUCAGUUCCCAAAAGCCCACAGCUGAAAGCCAUCCAGCCUAAGCCUGUAGUAAGCGGAGACCCUUCCAUGAACCCGGCUUUAAGUGGUUCCAAGGACAAAAAGAAGAAAGACAAGAAAAAGAAAGAAGGUGUAAAGGAUGGUGACAGUCCCAAAGCCCUUGGAAAGGGCGGGAAGUCAGAGGAAGGAAAAAGUCCUUACUCUGAAUCCUCAGACCCAGGCAGUAAGAGUGAUUGUCUUCUCAAUGGUUCAACAGAUCCCCACCAGAGUCGCUUGGCCAGUAUCAAGGCUGAAGCUGAUAAAAUCUAUAGCUUCACUGAUAACGCUCCCAGUCCAUCAAUUGGCGUAGCCAGUCGGAUAGAUAGUGGCGGUAUGCCUCAACCUCUCACCCCACUCCAUGUAGUCACUCAAAAUGGAGCAGAUAACUCCUCAGUGAAAACCAACAGCCCAGCUUACUCUGACAUUUCAGAUGCUGGUGAAGAUGGGGAGGGCAAAGUAGAAGGUAUGAAGGUAAAGUCUGAGGAUCAGGCACCCAGAGAAGGUGCUAAAAAGGCUCUUUUUGCCUCACAGCCUCCAAACAAAGAGUCUCCCUACUAUCCCAACUAUGAGUCCUACUACUCGCCUAACUAUGCCAAUCCAAAUCCCAGCCCAGGGGUUUCAAAUACCGGUGUUCAUUUGCAGGAUAGCCCUGUGAAGGUAAAAAAAGAGGAAGAGAGUGACAUAGGGGAAGAAAAAGGCAAAUUAGAGCAGCCUGAAGAUCGCAAGACAGACAUUAGCACGUCUAAUCAACAGCAACAACAGCCAUCUGUUAUCCAGCAGCGGUCUAAUAUGUAUAUGCAGCCUCUCUACUAUAAUCAGUACACCUAUGCCUAUGGUUAUUCACCUGACCAGGCUUAUCAUAAUCAUUUGAUGAACACUAAUCCAGCCUACAGGCAGCAGUGCGAGGAACGGCAGAGGCAGGCUGCCGAGCAACAUAGAGUGGGAGAGAAGAAAUCUGAGGCUGUUCAGAAGGACAGGGAUGUUUCUGUGAAGUCAGAGGAGUGGAAACAAAAACCAUCAGUUCCUCCGACUUUGUCUAAAGCACCAAGCAUCUCUGACCUCGGUAAGCCUUCACCCCAGAGCAAGCCCAAAGAGCUGACCUCGGAGACGUCCAAAUCCGUCAUCAUCCCAAAGGCGGAAGAUGGGAAGCCACCGGCCCAGCCACCAGAAGGGCUAAAGAUGAAAAUGACUGAUGGUGGACACCAUGGAAAAGAGGACCAGAAACUCAGCAUUGACUCCGGAAGGCCAUCAGCUAUGGAACAGGCCAUGUACAUGUACAGACAGGAGCCCGAUUCCCGAUUAUGGCCGUAUGUUUAUCCCAGCAAGUACGCCGAAACACAGAAACAGCUAGAUGAGGAGAGGUGGAAGGAAGAGCGAGAACGAGAGCGAGAACGAGAGCGAGAGCGAGAGCGAGAUCGAGAGCGCGAACGAGAACGAGAUCGCGAAAGAGAUCGAGACAGGGAUAGAGAUCGAGAGAGAGACAGGAAAAGUAAAGAGGAGAGACCUCGUCCCAAAGAUACUCCUAAAGAUGAUGGCAAGGAUGGGCUCGAGCCACGAACCUCAACAGCCUCUGAGGAGCAUAGAGGGAUCAGUAAAGACCCCAGAGCCCAUAUGCAGUUCUCUUCAGCUUUGCCUCAACACCAGUCUUAUAUGCCAUACAUGCACGGAUACCCCUACAGCCAGGGCUAUGACACAGGUCACCCAGGAUACAGAGGGAUGCCGUCUGUCAUGAUGCAGAACUAUGCAGGGUCUUACCUGCCAGCAGGUUACUCAUUCUCACCGUACAGCACUAAGAUUUCACCGGGCGACGAAGGUGACAAAGCUCGUGCCAGUCCGACGGUUACCGGCAAAUCGGCUCCGGAUUCCAAAGCCUUGGAUAUUCUGCAUCAGCAUGCAAACCAGUACAAAAGCAAAUCGCCCACAGUGGGUGACAAAGCGUCUCACGACCGAGAGCGAGGUGGAGGCGAAAGAGAGCGUGAAGGUGAUCGACCACGAUCCUCUCCGUCACAGAGAAUAAUGCCUUCACAUCACCACCUGAGUUAUUCUCUUAUCUCUGGACAGUAUGAUUUGUCUUAUGCCCCUGCCAUUGUUGCGAGUCAGCAAGCCUCUGGCCCUUCACUGUACCCCCCUGCACGGAGGUGAGAAUGGCACACUUGACAACGUCAGUCCUGUCACCUGAAUUUUGCUCCGGCACCUCCAGAUGGUGACUUGUGAACCUUAAGCUUCCCUGCAGCCAUGUGAAGAGAUCACAUGAGGAAAGACUUUGGAUUUUAUGACAUCAGUUCAAUGGUGUUCCUGAAUUUUUUUUUUUUUUUUUUUCCUCC